AUGAAACAAAAGGAGUUUCGAUUUCCAGGUCUCGACUUACAAGAUGAGCAGUUAAAACAGUAUACACUGCUCGAGGUUGACAAACACUUAAAAGAGCAUAACCAGUCACUAGCAGACUAUGAUGAGUUGCCUCAGCCAGAUACUUCAAUACUAUCAGAGAUAAACAGCCAAGUUUUGCGGCAGGAACUGAUGUAUAAAUUCGAAAAGGAGAAGGAGACGCAUAGAGUAUUGUUCUCGGCGAUGAAUACGGAUCAGGAGAAAGUAUAUGCUGCUGUUCUGAAGUCAGUUGACGAGCAGUCGGGCCAGUUAAUUUUUGUCUCAGGUGCAGGAGGCACAGGAAAGACAUACCUAUACAGAACUAUUAUAGCGAGGCUUAGGUCAGUUGGCAAAGUAGUUAUACCGGUAGCUACAGCUGGCAUCGCAGCAUUGCUGCUCCCGGGAGGAAGGACAGCACACUCACGGUUCAAAUUACCUCUGAAUCUAGAUGAUCGUUCAAUGUGUGAAAUUCACAAGGGGUCAAGUUUAGCUGCAUUGAUAUCUAAGGCAGGCCUGAUAAUAUGGGAUGAAGCUCCGAUGGCACACCGACACGCUUUUGAAACCUUAGAUCGUUCCUUCAGAGAUUUGUUAUCGCAUGAGUCUCCAGAAGCUAGCACACAGCCCUUUGGUGGCAAGACGGUGCUUCUCGGCGGGGAUUUCCGGCAGAUUUUGCCAGUUAUUCCACACGGAAAAAGGCCAGACACCGUUCUCGCAUCCAUCAGCAAAUCAUAUCUAUGGAAAAUGGCCCAAGUAUUCACCUUAUCCAUCAACAUGCGGCUGCGGCAAGAAGACAAGGACUUCGCAAAAUGGAUUCUACAAGUCGGUGAUGGGGAAGCUGACGCCUUGGCGUCCAAUAAACCAAAACAUGAGGAAGGGAAUCAGAUUACUGUGGAUAAAAGGUUAUUGAUCUCUCGCUCAGAUACACCACACGAAGCUCUGGCGCAUGCUGCAUAUCCUAACUUCCUCCAAAACUACUGGGAUAAGGACUACCUAAAAGAGAGAGCCGUGCUGACACCUACCAAUAAUACCGUACAUUAUGUGAACGCUUAUCUCCUCUCCAAGAUCCCAUCACAGGCUAGAGAGUAUUUGAGUUCUGAAUCAGUGGAGUUCGAAGCUACGCCAGACGAUGAUUGGACCACCCACUACCCGCCAGAGUACCUCAAUUCACUAGAGUUUUCGGGCCUCCCAAACCACAGAUUGUGCCUCAAAAUUGGAACUCCAGUGAUGAUGAUGCACAAUCUUAACCAGGAUCAAGGUUUGUGUAAUGGUACAAGAAUGGUGGUUACUCGCCUAGGUAACAGGGUUGUUAAGGCUAGAAUCAUGACUGGGACAGAUUUGGAGAAGAAGUUUUGA